GCGUUACAGAUAUGCUCACUGAAUACAAACCUAACCUUAUCAGCAGAAAAUUGUCCUCAAAAAAACUUUAAAAUUCAUUUUGUUGUAAUUAACGUGUUACUCAACCAUGCCCGAUUACUUCCAGUCAUGUUCCGACUUGAACAGAACAUCAGUCAGGUUUACAUUCUGCAAAACAGGCCAUUGCAAGCCUCAACAUAGAGUUUUGUUGAGUUUCUCCCACCGCAGGGUAAAUAGCUACUGGAGAUUGAACAUCAUCACAGCACUUCUAUACGUGUCAACAUGAGGAACCGUGCUGUAAUCCUCCUAUUCGUGCUAUCCAUAAACGCUGUAAUUAGGGUUGAGACAGAAGAUGUGGAGUGCUUAUCAGUGACUGUGGGAGAUUCUUUGACUCUGCAGACGAAUGUGAGUCAAAUAGAGUCGAAUGAUGCGAUUGAGUGGUGGUUUGGGGGAAAUAACAUUGCUUGGAUCAACAGUAACCCCAACAAUAUCACACAUAACAUUUAUAUUACGCGUGACAGACUGGAGCUGAACAGGCAGAGUGGAAACCUCAAAAUCAUGAAUGUCAAAAUGGCAGACUCUGGACUUUAUGAACUGGACAUUAGCAGCCCCAGCGGGUCGACUUCGAAGAAAUUCAAUGUCACUGUAUCAAAUGGAUUGAAGGUUGAGUCCGUGAGAGAGAGAGACUCUCUCAUUCUACCGACUGGUCUUGAUCAAUUACAGAGAGAUGAUCGGCUGACCUGGAAGUUUGAGAAGACGAUCAUUGCUCAAAUAAAUCAAACAUGUGGAAUGUUUACUGUGUAUGACGCCGUUCUUGAUGGAAGGUUCAAAGACAGACUGUUGUUAAAUAAACAGGAUGGAUCACUCAUCAUUACUAGCGUCAGACUCAACAUCACUGGACUUUAUGAAGUAGAGAGGAACAGGGCCAGCAGAGGAUUCAGCACACACAAGACAUUCAGUGUUAUGAUCAUUGGCGGAGAUGAUAUGCUGUCAGUUACAGAGGGAACUUCUGCCACUCUCCUGUCUGGUGUUUUAGAAAUACAUCAAGAUGAUGUGAUAAUAUGGAGGUGUGAACACGGAGACUCCGUCAUAGCAAAAAUCAGCAAUGGCACCUUCUCUACAUUUGAUGGAGCUGAUGGGAGAUUCAGAGACACUCUGGAGCUGGACCAUCAGACUGGAUCUCUGACCAUCAGGAACAUCAGAACCGAACACGCUGGACUUUAUCACAUGGAUAUGAUCGGCAGCCGUCGCACCGUAUUCAAGAGAAUCAGCCUUUCUGUCUGUCCUCAUGUUCGGUCUGCAGAAGUUGUGUACGUCGGUGUUGCUUUUCUACUGGGCCUGUCUUUAUUUGUUCUGGCUGUUUUUUGGCGAUCCAAGAUCUGUCGUCAAAAGGAAAAAAGAUGCAAAUAUAAUUACAAAAAGUCUGCAAUCAAAUUACAACAAAGAUCAGAGACAGAAGGAGAAGGAAAGAAGAAGUGUGGGGAAAAAGAUCUGGACCUGAUGCUGCCAUUGAUAUGAUAAAGCAGUUAGCAGUUUUAUUUGGAGAGAAUCAAAAAAGUAAACAACUUCUAAAUGAAACUUUCAUAGAUUGUUCAAUGAAAUAGAUUAACUCGGACAACUUUUAAAACUCAGAAAGCUUUAAAAUGGUGAAGUGUUGAAACUUAACAUGUGGACCAGAGAAAGAGAAAGAGGAACCAUUAGUGCCUGACCUGUUCUUAUGGGAAGAUAGUGUUAUGUGUGUGUGGUUUAGAAAAACAGAAAGUUUUGUAGCUUACAUGUGCAGAUAAAGGCAAAAUAAUUACCCUCCUGUAAUUUGUUUUUCAUAUAUUUCUUUUAAAUAUUUCUCAAUUUUUCCAUAAUAGUUUCAAUAUCCAGUUUCUUUUGUCUUUGCCGUGAUGACAGUAAUAAUAUUUUACUAUUUACUAGUAUUGAGCUUAAAGUGACAUUUAAAGGCUGAGCUUUAAUUAGGUUUGGGUAAGAUUCAUUACUCAAGUCAUUGGACAAUAUAUAUAUAUAUAUAUAUAUAUAUAUAUAUAUAUAUAUAUAUAUAUAUAUAUAUAUAUAUAUAUAUAUAAGAAAAAUGUAAUGGAAUACUGUGAAGAAACAAUGGCUUAUAUAGAAACAAUAGCAAUAGAUUUUGGGGAAGCAAAUGUUUUUGGGCUUUGAAGGUAGCAAAACCUUUGAACACUGUAAAAAAAAAUAAAGCAAAGUUUCAUAUAAU